UUUCUGAGCAUAAUUAAGUUUAUCAGAUAUGACAACGGACGCAUGAGAUUAGUCGACAGUGAAUUUUAUAGUAUUCUGUUUGUACUCAUCUGUUGGUGUUUCGUAUUCUAAUUCGUCGGAAAGAGCAGCUUGUCGCAAGGUGAAUUCACGCCAUGAUGGAAAUGAACAAGAUCUUAGUUGUGUUUGUACUUGGGGUAUUUUUACCUGAUCUUUACAAAGUUCACGCGUGCUUCUGUCCAGAAUCUCACCCACAAACAGAUUUUUGCCACCUCAGUAGCUUUGCUCUUGUUGGGUACGUCACAGACAUUGUUGAGAAUAAUAAAGACAGGCGAUUCAACGUAGGAAUCCAGUAUACGUUAAGGUUCCCCGGAGGCUAUACUGACAAGACACACCUAGAAUUGAUAUCACACAAAGGGCCUACUUUGUGCGAGCUCAGCUUAGUAACGGGGGAGUACUACAUGAUAACAGGAUAUGUGAACAGUGACAAUGAGUACCUAGUGAAUUCCUGUAUGUGGACAGAAAAUUUUGAAUCGAUGACGUCCAGCAGGUAUAACGGCCUUCUUGGAAACUACGAUUGCAGCUGCUAUAUCAACGAGACUUGGGGAUUAAUUCCACCAAAGGCAACAGCCCGUGACAUUUGUAACUAUGACAAAACAACUUCUUGUGAGCAUGCAGCAUGCAUGAGAGGAGAGGACGACACGUGUGAAUGGCUACUAAACUGUGAAGAAGCCACUUCUGAUUUCUUCAAAGAUUUGAAAAGAAAAACCAAGAAGGAACUGGAUAACAUUUUGUAAUUUUAUCUUAAGCUUCAUUACAUUGUAAUUUCCGAAUCUAACUAAAUUUUCCUUAAUGCA